AUGUAUUUGCUGUUAUUUGUGUUCAUUAAUAUCAGCUUGUAUGAAUGCAGUGGUGUCGAGGGUUUAGAUCUCAAGUAUGACUACACAAAGUACCACCGCAUGGAAGAGAUUUAUGAGUGGAUGCAGGACAUGGAGGAGAUGAAUCCAGAGCUGAUUUCUUCUACAGUUUAUGGGCAAACGUUUGAAAGGAAAAACAUCACGCUUAUGAAGCUGGGCCUGAAAAACCCGGAGGGGCGGGAGAAGAGAGUGAUCUGGAUGGACUGUGGGAUCCAUGCUCGAGAGUGGAUCGCUCCCGCUUUCUGCCAGUGGUUUGUCAAAGAGAUAGUGCAGUCCUACAAAACCAGUGUGGACCUCCAGACCAUGUUACAGAACCUGGACUUCUACGUGACUCCGGUCAUCAAUGUAGACGGGUACAUGUACAGCUGGACGGACAACAGCACUCGAAGGUGGAGAAAGUCCCGCUCGUCUCCUCCGGCAGGAAGUGGUUGUUACGGCGUCGACCUCAACCGAAACUUCAACGCCAACUGGGGAACCGUUGGAGUGUCCUUUGAAAGCUGUUCUGACAUUUACUGUGGGACUGGACCAGGGUCUGAACCAGAGGCCAGGGCUGUUAUGGACUUUAUCGGUGAAAUGUCGGAGAAAGUCCUCUGCUUCCUCACUAUUCACUCUGCAGGACAACUCAUCCUACUGCCUUAUGGACAUCCGCAAAUCAAAGCUCCCAACUAUGAAGAGCUUGUCUCUGUGGGUGAAGCAGCAGCAGCACAAAUGAAGAAACUUCAUGGGAUGACGUACAGGGUGGGAACUUCUCCUCAGAUCCUUUAUCCAAACUCAGGUUCAAGCAGAGACUGGGCGCGUCUCAGUGGGAUUCCCUUUUCAUACACGUUUGAGUUGAGAGACACAGGGGAGUUCAGCCACCUUCUCCCUGAGGAGCAGAUCCAGCCGGCCUGCGAGGAGGCGUACGCAGGAGCCCUGUCCAUCAUCUCCUACGUCCACGACAAAAGCUUCAGGAAUAGCACGGUGCCGAACGGAGACAGCAGCCGCUUCAGUCCGAGGGCAGUGUUGGUGACCCUCCUCUGCUCCUGCCUCUCUGUCUCCAUCACCGUGGGAUGA